AUGGCUAAUAUGGAGAAAUUCGUGGAAGCGCAGAAGAAUUUAGCCGAAAGUAUGGUGAAAAUAAAAAAUAAGUUGAGUGAAGAACGGCUGACCAGAGCAGGGUUCGAUCAAUUGGAGAGAAAUUAUCAUGAUUCAGUCAAGAAAUUGAAGAGUAAUCAUGAAGUGAUGAUGACAAUAGAGCCCAAGAGCGAUGAUUACUUCGUAAAGGAUUUUUACGGAUUAAUGAUGAAUGGGCUGGUGAAGGAGGUUGAGGAGAUGAUAAGGAGUCGGGAGGUAACGGUUCAGGAGAAAAGCAACAAUGGCAGUGGCGCAGAAGGAAAGAAGAGAUUGGAAAGUGGUGAAGUCGAUGAGAGAGAUAUCGAAGAUAGUUUGCGGCAGUUGAAUGGAUUUUAUGACAAGUUGCUGGCAACGAAUGAAAUAGACGAGGAAGUCUUUGAACAAUACGAGGAGAUGACGGAAAGACUUAGUAUUCGACGGAAAGUCGUUGGAGAGCAAAAAAUGGAGAAAGCAGAGGGAAAAGAAAUCCACAGCAACAUCAGGUUAAGCGAAGUGAGGAUACCCGAGUUCAGCGGCAAAAUUGAGGACUGGGAGUCAUUCCAUGACUUAUUUAAAAAUUUGGUGCAUAAUUCGCCUCAUUUUUCCGAAGUAGAGAAAUUAUACAGGCUGAAGGCAGCCAUUAAAGGAGACGCAGCUCAACUAAUUCAGCAUUUAAAAAUAACCGACUCCAAUUAUGAAGCUGCCUUUGAAUUAUUGAAGAAAAGGUACGAGAAUAGGAGAUUGAUGUUCACGAAUUUGUGUGAUAAGAUUCUGGACCAACCAGUAAUGAAUAGCGAUUCAGCGGCAAGUAUAAGACGCAUGCUUGACACUACCAAAAACUGUGUAAUGGCGUUGAGGGGCAUGAAUGUGUCUACAAAGGAUGCUGAACCAUUUAUUGCCAGAAUAAUUGUGAGAAAGUUUGAUAAGGAUGGGUUGCGGCUAUAUGAGCAACAAGUAAGGAAGCCGAGAGAAAUUCAAACUUUGGAUGAUGUCUUAGAAUUUUUGCAACAACAAUACCUUGCGUUGGAAGCGGCGGGAGAGCAGGAAGUGAACGUGAAGAGAAUUUAUGGAAACAAAAAUAAUAUGUCAACCAAAUUUUGCUACUUUUGUGAGAAAAGUGGGCACGGGGUGAUAGAAUGCAGGAAGAUGUUGGCAAUGACACCGGCAGAGAGAAAGCCUGCGGUAGCUGCGAAAAAAAUUUGUUUCGUUUGUCUUUUACACAGGACAGACAGAAAAUGCAAUAGUGUUGUGCGCUGCAACAAAUGUGGAGGUAAUCACCAUCAUUAUCUUCACAAUGGUGACCAAAGAAGCGUUAAUCAGCAAGUUAAUUCCACAUCAUCUAUGGUAAUUGAGAGAAAACAACAACAAGUUUUAUUGGCAACGGCAUUGGUAAAAGUACGGGCAGCGACGGGAGAAUUUGAGUUGCUACGGGCAAUGAUAGAUCAAGGGUCACAGAUAACAUCAAUUUCGGAAGAAGCUUCGCAGAUUUUGGGAUUGCCAAGGAUAAAAGAAAAAACGGAAAUACACGGCUUGGGUGGUACUUUGGUUGGUGUGUCGAAGUACAAAGUGGGCUUAGUUAUAAAGCCAAGAUUUCUUAGCAAACAUGUAUUCAAUUCACAGGCGAUGGUACUACCUACGAUAAUGAGCCAGCAGCCAGGUAAAUCCUUCGACAUAGAUGUGAAGCAAUGGCGAAACUGUAUGUUGGCUGAUCCAUUCUUCAAUAAAUCCGAUCGCAUUGAUCUAAUAAUCGGUGGAGACAUUUACGCCGACAUAAUGGAAAAAGGGCAGAAGAGAGUAAGCGGUCCGUUCUCACAACAAACGAAACUUGGUUGGAUAGUAUCUGGAGCUCUAUCCAAUGGAAUAAGCAAAGUGGAAAAAGUGCAGGUGGCUGCGACGAACCUUGAACGUUUUUGGGAAGUAGAGGAAGUGGAAGCAGAAGAUCAGUGUACAAAUGAUGACCAGUGGUGCAUGCAGAAUUUUGAAAAAUCGACCGUUAUUCGAGAUGAUGGUCGAUUGAUGGUGUCAUUACCUUUUAAGGCUGAUAUGGAACUAGGCGAAUCCAAACCGCAAGCAAUGGCCAGGUUUUUGAAUGGUGAAAAGAAGUUGGAGAAAUAUCCAUCACUAAAAGUUGAAUAUAUAACCUUCAUGCGAGAGUAUCGGGAACUGGGUCAUAUGGUGCAAGUACCGAUGGAGAUGAAAGGAAAAUAUUACUUACCGCAUCAAGCAGUGAUCAGAGAAGAUAGCCGAACAACGAAAGUGCGAGUGGUGUUUGAUGCAUCAGCGAAAACAUCGAAUCAAAGAAGUUUGAAUGACAUAAUGCACACUGGACCUAAACUUCAACGCGAUAUAUUUGAUAUAAUGUUGAAAUGGCGUUUAUGGAAGUAUGUAUUGACAGGAGACGUGGAAAAGAUGUAUCGGCAGAUUGUAGUGAGGCCAGAAGAUCAAGAAUAUCAAUACAUACUUUGGAGAGAGAACAGAGCGGAACCAAUAAAGCAAUAUCGUUUAACAACAGUAACAUAUGGCACAUCAGCGGCGCCGUUUCUGGCAGUAAGGUCACUAUUCAUGAUAGGUGAUUACUGCAAAGAGGAGAUGGUGAAAAAUAUUAUAAAAGAAGAUUUUUAUAUGGAUGACCUCAUGACUGGAGCUGAUACUGUAAAGGGAAGUCAACAUAUUCUGCAAUCAGUGGCACAGCAGCUGCAGAAGUUUAAUUUUCAUUUGAGAAAAUGGAUUUCAAAUGACCCUAAAAUUACGGAAAUUGUAGAAAAUCGAGGACGCAAUGAAGUUAUAUCGAUUAAAGACGACGAGUCCAUAAAAACCUUGGGUGUUGGGUGGGAUCCCAAUAUGGACCACUUUCGAUUCAACGUCAGCUUUAGUCAUCCUUCACAAAUGACAAAGAGAAAAGUACUGUCAUUGGUAGCUAGAAUUUUCGACCCAUUGGGAUGGUUAUCACCAAUAACGGUGGUAGCAAAAUUGAUCGUUCAGAAGCUAUGGCUGGGUACAUCGACAACUACAAAGUUCGAGCUUCAUGGCUUUUCAGACGCGUCCGAGAAAGCAUAUUCCGCAGUAAUAUUCAUUAAAUGUGAAAUGAGGGUGACUUUACUAACUGCCAAAAGUAAGGCCAACCCAAUCAAAAAUAAAAAGACGCUGCCAAAAUUGGAGCUGUGUGGUGCACAUCUGUUGGCGAGAUUGUUGAAUAGGGCAGAGAAAAUCAUAGGAAGAGAGACGAACGUGUUUGCAUGGACUGAUUCAACAAUCACACUGGGGUGGAUCCAAAAUAAUCGUAGCAAGGACAAAUUCAUUAAGAAUAAGGUGCAGGAUAUAAAUGUGCUUGUACCAACAGCAACAUGGAGAUAUGUUGGCACAAAGGAAAAUCCAGCAGAUAUUGCAUCAAGAGGUAUUCAACCACAUCGGCUAAUGGACUAUAAGCUAUGGUGGAAUGGUCCUGAAUGGUUGCGGGAGCCUUCAAGUCAUUGGCCUGAACUACCACAGAGGGCUGCAGUGAUAGCAUCGACGAUGGUAACAACAGAAGUAAAUUUUUUGGAUGAUAUAAUGACGAGAUACUCCAGGUUUUCUAAAAUGCGGCGUGUAGUGGCAUACGUCAUUCGAUUUAUUGAGAGGACAAGGAAUAAAAUCAAAAUUUCUGGUGGUUUAGCUGUCCAUGAACUUAUAGAAGCUGAAGAACAUAUACUAUCACGUCAUCAGCAAGUAAUGUUUUCUAAAGAAAUUAUAUCUUUAAAAAGAGGAUCUUUAAUUGAUCGAGGCAGCCGUAUAGUGGGACUACAUCCUUUCUUAGACAGAAGAGGCAUACUUCGAGUUGGUGGUCGACUGCAAAAUGCAAAUAUGUCCUUCAAUCAAAAACAUCCAAUUGUAUUGAAUAAAUCGAAUCUGACAGCCGCAAUAGUGCGAUCGUUUCAUCUGGCAACUUUACAUGGAGGAAACAGAUUGACUGAAACAUCCAUAAAACGCAAAUAUUGGAUUAUUGGCUUGAAAGCAGCGAUAAAAAAGUGUAUACGAUCGUGUCCAAGAUGUAUACGGUACAAACAAGAGACAGCGAAGCAGAUAAUGGGUAACUUGCCAGAUUCGAGGGUUACAGCGAUGCAACCUUUCUUAUAUACAGGAGUGGACUACGCUGGACCUAUAUGGAUGAAGUGCUCCAGAAACAGAGGACAAAAGUGUUUUAAAGGAUACAUUGCUAUAUUUGUCUGCAUGUCAACAAAAGCAAUUCAUCUGGAAGCUGUGAGCGAUUUGUCCACAUCAGCAUUUUUGGCAGCCUUGAAACGGUUCUUUUCCAGAAGAGGAAAGAGUGCUAAAAUGUACAGCGACAAUGGGACAAAUUUUGUUGGAGCGAAAAAUAGACUUGAUGCGGACUACAAAGCUGUUAUUCAAAGAAAUCGAGACGUGAUGCCAGUGCUGGCGGAGGAAGGUGUGGAGUGGCAUUUUAUCCCCCCGGCAGCCCCUCAUCAAGGAGGGAUUUGGGAGUCUGGCGUGAAAUCUGUGAAGCAUCAUCUGAGACGUGUUAUUGGCGAGACCAGAUUAAGUUACGAGGAAAUGGCCACAUUGCUGUGCCAAAUCGAAGCGGUUUUAAACUCAAGGCCAUUGGUGUAUAUGGAUAAUGAAGAAGUGGAAUCUCUUGAUUUUUUGUCACCGAGUCAUUUUCUGAUUGGGAGGCAGACGACGGAUGUACCGGAGUAUGUCAACGAAGUGGUAGGAUCUCUCAACAAGUGGAAGCUGGUACAGAAGAUGAGAAGAGAUUUCUGGAAUCGAUGGAAAGAGGAAUAUCUUUCAACGUUGCAGCAGCGAAGAAGGUGGAACCGGCCAGAGGUGAAUUUGGCGAAUGGAGAUGUAGUCAUCAUUAAAAACGAAUUGACACAUCCAGCGAAAUGGCCUAUGGGACGAAUCAUUGAGACUCAUCCGGGCAAGGAUGGGAGAGUUCGAGUUGUGUCAUUGAAGUUGCAAGAUUGCAUAUUAAAACGCCCUGUCCAGAAACUCUGUCCAUUAAUAAGAGCUUCGGAUGAAGAGGUGGAAGAAGUGUCGCCACAAACAACAAAAGCAGGAUUGAGGAAUACGCAGUCGGCAAACAAGCAUGUUUUUAGUGUAUUAGUAAUGCUGCUACUUGCUGCCACAAGUCAGAUUGGAGCAGUGGCUACAACUGGAGGUUCAAUCUCUGAGAUAAGCAAUUCUACUGCAAUUUACCUGGAUCACUUGGGAACUGUGGAUGUAGUAGCGUCUUCAUGGAAUCUGCUAAUCUAUUUCAAGCUUGAUCCGUUCUUUGAGGUAAUUAGCAAAUCCGAACGAUUGCUGGUGGAUAUGAGAAAUACAUGUGGAAAAUUGAUGACCUUUGAAGACCACUGUGGUCAUGUACUGGACGAGAUGGAGCAGAUAGUGAAGGAGAUGAUAUACACUAAUCGAUAUUUGUUUCAUGAUGAUGUGGCUAGAUCCAAGAGAGCACCCUUAGAGUUUAUUGGCUCGCUACAGCACAUCCUCUUUGGCACGAUGGAUGCUGAUGACAGGAAAGUUGUAGAAGAAAACAUGAGGAAACUAUUGGGAAAUCAGCAUGACCUGUGCAACAGACGUCUAUUCUGGAAUCGUCAGUGA